AUAUCCUCCGGUUGAAUUAUAUUAUACUUAGUUUGUUGAUUUGUUAUUGGAUCUAUCUUUUUCAGGUGGUUAUUCCUUCCAAAACUCUUGAAGUGUUAUCUUUGAUUCAUCCUCCUUCCUUUCUUUUUUUUUUUUCAUUUCAUUUUAUUUCUUUUCGCCCAAAUUUCACCUCCUGUCGUUCCUUCAAGAGAGUGAGUGAAGUGAUAUCCCAUUUUGAAUUUACUUUGACAUCUAUCACAGAAAGCUUCGUGGCGACUGUCGAUCCCUCCGUGCAGUCAAGUCCUUUCUUUUUUUUAAAAAAAAAAAAUCAAUCAUGUCUCCUGAAACCCCUGUCAAACGUAAAAGGGGUAGACCACCAAAGGCUGGAUCUUUGAGUAACCAAAUCACCACCACCAUGAAUAUCAAUGUGAAUACUUCAUCGUUCAACAACAGUCCUACGGCAGAAAAUAACUCCAACAUGAUGGUGAAAAGAGGUGUCCCUGACAUUUCAAAGCCAUUUAUGAAGGUUUCUCCUACGCCCCGUUCAAGGAAAAGAAGUAGGCGUGAAGGCUCAUUAUCGUCUUCAUCCUCGGCUUCUCUGGCAGGAAGUCCACUUCAGGAAAGAAUAAAUGCGUCCAACUACCAACAUCAUCUUCAACACCAACAAUAUCUUCAUCAUCAGCAUCAAAAUGGAUAUACAAUGACCACACCACUUUCACAACUGGUGACAUCAUCUUCAUUCACUCCAUAUAAUUCAAGAGCUAUUGAAAACAUCGCCAUGAUUACUCAAUCCAAUGAUAGCUCUUUCUUACCGAUUUAUAACACGCCACCCUCUUCAUCAGUUAAGAAUCAAUUCCAAACUAAUUAUUGGGCCACACCUCCCUUUGCACAACAAAUUGUUUCUCAUGAUGUUCAUGCUCUUUCAACUCCAACAAAUAGUGUUACAAGCGAUACGAAGCCACCUUCCUCUACGAAAAGGAAGUCUGUGACCACUAGAGAACCAUCGUCAGGUACUGUUUCUAAUAGUGUGAACAAAUUAUCCCCAAAGUCUAAAGGAAGUAAAAAUCUUCUUCCUGCAGCUUCUAUUCGACUGAAUGAAACAUCUACUGAAGAUAGUAAUGACUUCAUCUUGAAAUUGAUGAUUGAUGAUCUGGGUAAAGCUGUAUUAAGAGAUGAUAUUUUUGGAACAAGGGAUGAAGUACCAAAGAAGAAAAAGAAGAUGACUAACGUACAACAACCACAACAACAGCAACAACCACGUCUUACUCAUUCGAAUUCAGUGAUAGGGAUUGAAUCCAUGACUGACUCUCGUCAAGUGCAACAUCCUUUAAGAAGACACAAUUCUGACUUUGCGGUACAAGUUACUCCAUCUGUAUCUUCACAUUCAUCUUCGCUUUCUUCUGUCAAUGAGGAUAUCCCACAACUGCUUCUCCCUACUACCCCGAAGAUUAAAGAUAAUUAUCUUCUUUCUGGGCCAAAUGGACACACUGGGCUUACACCUAAUGCUUCAAAUUUGACAUAUAAUUUGACCCCACUGUUCAAUGCAACUAUUUAUUCCAUGAUGAGUAUCAAUUCGCCUCUGCAAAAGAAAUUUAAUCCUGCUCAACUCUUCACUUCUAGUCAGGAAUUUUUUUCUCUGCAAUCUCAAGCUUCAGCUGCAAAUGGCUCUUGUUCAGGCUCAACUGAGAGUGAAGAGGAUACUAUCAAUAUUGCUGAUUUGAUGAAUAUGGGGUCAAACACUUCCCUCGAUGCCAUGGCCAACAAGCAAACAUUCCCAAUAGUAUCUGCCAUGUCCACUUCGGCUUCAUCGUCUACUUCAACUUCAGAUCCAUCUACAGUAUCAUCUACAUAUCAAGGUGUUGUUGGUGGAAUUUCUUCUCCAGAUCAACCCCAUGAUGAUACUAGUGAUGCCAGACUUGCCUUACGGAAAAUCAUACAUGUCAAACGUGCAAGAAAUUAAUUGCCUAAACGAUUAUUGCCAUACUCUCCGUUGUUUUCAGUUCUACUUUUACAACUGAUACACAUUCAUGUGUUACAGACUUAUAACUUACCUAUAUUCCUUUUUUAUUCUGUUCUUCAC